AAAGAAUCCCAAUCCCCACGCCACUUCCUUUUUGUUCCGCCUCCGAUCCUCUUCCCGGCGAUCCUGUUCCGCCGCUGCCUGAUCGCCUCCGGAGCUCCCUGCUUCCUUCUCUUCUUUCCAGAUUGAGCCUGGUGAUUUGAUAAUUCAUUGAUUUGGGCCGUAAGCAAGAUUGGAAAUUUGCAGCGUGAUUUGGUUUGAUAGGAUUUGCUUCCUAAAAAGAAGGAAGCGUUACUGUAUUGGGAAAUCUGUUCCUUUUUCGUUUGAUUAAUUACUGAAGUUAGCAUUUGAAGUGUAAAGUAACUGAUUGGCUGGUUGGAUUAGGGUUUGUUUCGGCCGCCAACGUCGCUUGGGUUUCUGGAUUAUUUGCAAGUAAAAAGCUCCUGUUUUUGGAAUCUAAAUCUACAAUGGCUGAUACCCUUGGUGCGAGCACAUCCCUUGUCGGUCACCACCUGUUUUACCAAAGGCCCUUAUCCAAUGAUAUCAACUUUAAACGCCGGGUCAGCUUCUGCCAGCUGCCUGUAUCUGAGUUUAUGGGAUUGCAUUUGUCGGUUGGUCCUGCGAAUUCCAUUCUGACCACCAGGCAGAAAUGCACACGGUUUGGGGAUUCAGCCAUCAAGUCGCAGGCGAUGGAGCUGACAAAGCAAAAGAAACCUUCAAAAGAAAACAAAUGGAGGAUAGCUCAAGAUCUGCCUUACACGAGCAAUACAGCAGGCACGAGUAGAUUGUGGCCUCCUGCAAACAAGACCGACAACCCUAUGAUUCACAAUCCAUUGCUCCGUCAAGAAAGGAUGGGAUGUGGCUGGUUCGCUGUUAUCUUUGAAUGGGAAGGGGUGAUUGUCGAAGAUGACCCUGAGUUGGAGAAGCAGGCCUGGCUGGUUCUGUCAGAAGAAGAAGGAAGGUCACCUCCACUGGCCUUCAUUUUGAAGAGAAUUGAGGGAAUGAAGAAUGAGCAGGCAAUCUCUGAGGUUCUUUGCUGGUCACGAGACCCGACCGAGCUUAGACGGUUGGCCUUCCGGAAGGAGGAAAUAUAUCAAAACCUUAAAAAUGGCGGAUUCUAUCAGCUUCGAUCUGGGUCUCAAGAGUUCAUGACUACACUCCUAACCCACAAAAUUCCACUUGCCUUGGCAUCCACAAGGCCACGGAAUGUCCUCCGAGAAGGAAUUGAGGCUGUCGGCGUGCAGAGCUUCUUCAAUGUGAUUGUCGCAGCUGAGGACGUGUACAGAGGAAAACCUGAUCCAGAGAUGUUCCUAUAUACCGCACAGCUACUCGGUUUCAUACCAGAAAGAUGCAUUGUUUUUGGGAAUUCAAAUUCGACUGUGGAGGCAGCACAUGAUGCGCGGAUGAAGUGUGUGGCAGUUGCAAGUAAACACCCAGUCUAUGAACUCCGUGCGGCUAACCGUGUAGUGAAUCAUCUGAGCGAAUUAUCUGUUGUCGACUUAAAGAAGCUCGCUGACAUCGAUUGGUAUGAAGCAGAAGAACCAGAGGUCGAGAUGGAAAGGGAAUAGCAUGGCGCAUCUCCAUUAUCUCCAUGAUGAUUUCUUCGAAAUAGAAGAAUUUUUAGUUGUACAGCUUAUACUGCUUAUUGUUUCCCUAUUCCUGCAGUCAAUCCAUAAUUCUUGAUUCAAGUGGGAAAUAGGACCUUAGCUCUUAGAAUCAUACACCAUUCUCAUGUGGAUCCCUCCUUAAGACACUGUACAUAUUAAACCUGAAUAAGGAGGGCAAAUCAUCUGCUGGUGCUCUUCAUUGAUCUUUACAAUGUGGUGAAAAUA